CUACUGGCUAUAAGAAUCGCCACCUCUCCUGAACAGCCCACACACCAGCUGUAAGGUUGUCCCAUAGUGCCGCGGUGCUUGGGUACGCUUUACUGACGUCUAUCGGCUCGGCAGCAGCGAUGGCGGAGCCCCCAUCCUCGGGAGCGGGCACGACAGCCGACGCGCCGUGCUCGUCCGCAGCCGCAGCCGCAGCCGCAGCUCCAGCUCCAGCUCCAGCUCCAGCUCCAGCUCCAGCUCCAGCUCCAGCUCCAGCUCCAGCUCCAGCCCCAGCCCCAGCCCCAGCCCUAGCCCUGUCCCCGUCCCCGGCGGUGAGCCCGGGCUCCGAGCCUCCCUCCAUGGCGCUCUCUCCCUCCGCAGGCGGCUCCCAGCGGCUGCUCUUCUCCCACGACCUGGUGUCCGGGCGGUACCGCGGCUCGGUCCGUUUCGGCCUGGUCAGGAUGAUCCACGGAGAGGAGGAUUUCGACUCCGAUUCGGACAUCGACGGUGACGGCGGUGGAGGAGGCGGCGGCGGCGGCGGAGGAGGCGGAGGAGGAGGAGGCGGUGUUCACGGCAACUCGGACACGGAGAGCGGCGCGGCGGACGGCAGGGCUCGGCCCCUGGGACGGGGAUACGUUCGGGUGCAGUGGUACCCGGAGGGGGGCAAGCAGGACAUCCGAGAAACGAAGCUGAAACUGGAAGACCGCUCCAUCGUGCCCCGGGACAUUGUGCGGCGUAUGAAUGGAAACGACAACCAGUGCGGUACGGUGAUCGAUAUCAACAUUGAGUGUGCGGUCAAGUUGGUGGGAACCAACUGUGUCCUUUACCCCGUCAACAGCAGAGACCUGCAGCACAUCUGGUCUUUUAUGUAUGGAGACUAUAUUGCCUACGACUUCUGGCUGGGCAAAGUGUACGACCUGACCAACCACAUCAUCCUGAAGCUCUCCAAUGGAGCCAGGUGUUCCAUGAGUGUGGAGGACGGUGCCAAGCUGUACGACGUCUGCCCCCACGUCAGUGACUCUGGGCUUUUCUUCGAAGAGGCCUAUGGUUUCUACCCUGGCCAGGUACUGAUUGGACCCUCCAAGGUGUUUUGCAAUGUGCAGUGGCUUUCCGGUGUCAAGCCUGUGCUCAGUAAGAAGAGCAAGUUCAGGGUGGUCGUGGAAGAGGUCCAAGUUGUGGAGUUGAAGGUGACAUGGAUCACUAAGAGCUACUCGCCAAGGGGAACAGACAGCGUGUACCCACCUCCUUCCACCAUCACGCAGGAGAACCUCUGCAGAGUCAAGCGCCUUGGCUACUAUGACCACACCCAGAGGCAACUGGGCGAAAGGGCCCUCUACGUCUUCCCCCAAAAAGGAGAUGCCACCCGGAUCACCUGUGAGGGCCCAGAGGGGGUUCCCAUCCUCCCAGAGGACCCCGUUGGCAAGAAGCUGAUCAAAGUGUUUAAGAAGGACAUGGGUAAGAAGACAAUGGAACAUGCCGAUGGACAUGGUGCCAACCAGCAGCCAACAGAGAAGCCAGAGAGAUCUGAAGGGGAGAAAAAGAUGGAGUCACACCAGGAAACUGAGGCCAUCCAGGACAAGGUGGAGGGUGGCUGUCUCAACAAUGGACCGGUAGAGGUGGCGGGGCAGCCUGCGGAGGUCGCUACGGAGAUGCCGGGUGAGCAGGAUGCGAUCGACGAGGCCGCGGAGGACACGGACGACACCAGCUCCAUGACGUCUUCGGCCAGCUCCACGACCUCCUCGCAGAGCGGAGGGGUGGGCUCCAACCGCAAGAAGAGCAUCCCCUUGUCUAUCCGCAACCUGAAGAGGAAGCACAAGAAGAAAAGGACCAAGUUCUCCCGUGAGCUCAAGCCCGGAGACCGGGUGGCGGUGGAGGUGGUGUCCACGAAGACCUCGGCGGACGUCAUGUGGAAGGACGGCACCGUCGAGAAGGGCAUCCGUUCCAAUGACCUCAUCCCCAUCCAGCACCUGGACAAUUACGAGUUCUGCCCCGGGGACUUUGUGGUGGAUAAGAGACCUCAAGCAUUACAGGACCCCAGUGUCUAUGGGGUUAUCCAGUCUGGGGACCACAAAGCGAGAACCUGUGUUGUGAAGUGGGUAAAGCUCAAUGCCACCAGCGAUGAUGUGGAGGUCAUUGGCGAGGAGGAGGAUGUCAGCGUUUAUGACAUUGCGGACCACCCCGACUUCCACUUCCGUACCACCGACAUCGUCAUAAGGAUAUGGAGCUCAGACAAUGGGCAGGCGGCCGACUGCGAAAACGAGACGUCUGUGGGGCAGGUGUGCCGCGUGGACGUGAGCAGCAAAGUGGAGGUGGUGUGGGCCGACAACUCCAAGAGCAUCGUCCUGCCUCAGCACCUCUACAACGUGGAGUCGGAGAUCGAGGAGACGGACUACGAUUCCGUGGAUGGCAGCAGCAGUGGGGCGUCAUCUGAGGAGUGGGAGGAUGAGAGCGACAGCUGGGUGACGGACAAUGGGCCGACGGAGGAAGAGCCUCCCGGCGAAACGGCCCCCGCGCCCACGCCCACCGGCUCCGCUCCGGACGAGGGCAAACCUGCGGCCCCUUAUCCCGCGACGGUGCAGGAGCUCGAGGGGGCCAUCGCCACGGCCGCGCUGGCAGGAGCAGGCGGCUCUGCGGGAGGAACCUCCGGGAUGGAUGAAAAGGCGGGGAAGGAGGGCACGCCAAGGGGGUUCAGGGAGCUGAAGGAGGCUCUCAAGAUUCUGGAGAGCCUAAAGAACAUGACGGUGGAGCAGCUGUGGACAGGCUCGCCCACGUCGCCCACCGUAGAGCCGGAGAAGCCCACGAAAGAGAAGAGGUUCCUGGACGACAUCAAGAAGCUGCAGGAGAACCUGAAGAAGACCCUGGACAAUGUGGCCAUUGUGGAGGAGGAGCGCAUGGAGGCUGUGGGUGAGGUGGACAAAGAGGAGAAGCAGCUGGAGCCCCAGACGCCUGUACGUUCCGAGUGGCCCAGCGACACGCCCGUCCUCUGCCAGCAGAGUGGGGGAAAACCAGGGGUCACCUUCACCAGCGCUAAGGGAGAGGUCUUCUCCGUCCUUGAAUGGGCACCGGACACUCAUGCCUUCAAGAAAAUGGAAUUCCAGCCUGCAGAGGCCAAGAAGUUCUUUAGCACUGUGAGGAAAGAGAUGGCUCUUCUGGCGACCUCCCUACCGGAUGGCAUUAUGGUCAAGACUUUUGAGGACCGCAUGGAUUUGUUCUCUGCUCUCAUCAAGGGUCCAACGCGCACCCCUUACGAGGAUGGCCUGUUCCUCUUCGACAUCCAGCUGCCCAACAUCUACCCGGCGGUGCCCCCGCUCUUCCGAUACCUGUCCCAGUGCAGCGGCCGCCUCAAUCCCAACCUGUACGACAACGGAAAGGUGUGCGUCAGCUUGCUGGGAACGUGGAUUGGCAAGGGCACCGAGAGGUGGACCAGCAAAUCCAGCCUCCUGCAGGUCCUCAUCUCCAUUCAAGGGCUGAUCCUCGUGAACGAGCCGUACUACAACGAGGCGGGCUUCGACAGCGACCGUGGCCUCCAGGAGGGCUACGAGAACAGCCGCUGCUACAACGAGAUGGCCCUCAUCAAGAUGGUGCAGUCCAUGACGCAGCUGCUGCAGCAUCCCGUGGAGGUCUUCCAGCAGGAGAUCUGGGAGCACUUCUCGGCCAGCGGCUGGAGGCUGGUGCACCGGCUGGAGGCCUGGCUGGAGAUCAAUGAGGCGGCGGAGCGAGGGGCCAGGGGACGUGCGGCGGAGCGCCCGCCAUCGGCCGAGCCCCUGGAGGAGGCGACCGCGGCGACUGCGACUGCGGCGGCGGCGACGUGCCACGGGCCGGUGCACAGCAGCCCCAGCAGCCUGGAGCUGCGCGAGGAAGAGCUGGAGGAUUCGGGCCUGAGCCCGUCCACCACCGUACAGCAGGAGCUGAGCCAGCACUCGGACUGCGACGGCCUCGGGGCCGAGCAGCCGGGGAGGGCCUUUCAGGACCCGGCGGGUAGCCAGCCUGCGGUCAGGCCGAAGAAGAGGAGGAAGAGCUACCGGAGCUUUCUGCCCGAGAGGAGCGGCUAUCCCGACAUCGGCUUCCCCCUCUUCCCCCUGUCCAAAGGCUUCGUCAAGAGCGUGCGGGGCGUCCUGCAGCACUACCGCGCCGCCCUUCUCGCCGCCGGCUUUCCCGAGCGCAGAGAGGACAAGUAGCCCUCCGCCCCCUUGCCCGAGCUCCGCCCUGCUGCCCACAUCGUCCGCCCUCCACCUCACCGCUGUCACACCAGUGUUUUCCAGCAGCGUCCUGCCCCCUCCCGCAGGUAACCUCGAGGCACCUGGCCAGGGAGAACGAUUGUUGUUUACUUUAUUUUCUUUUAUCGUUUUCGUAAAGAUGCAGGGUGCACAUAUUAUUAUAUCUGCUCCAUUUCAUCGGUAGCCAAGCAGAGUUGAGAUGUGAAUGCGCUUUCCUCCCAUUUCGGGGGCCGCUGCCAGUCCUGCCCUGUCCCCCUGAAAACCCAUGGAAACUCUGAUCACUCAGGGAGACUCGGACACAGAGCACGUGCCUUGAUGGACGGGCAUCCGGAGCACGCUUUUAGCGGAGGGACGGAUGGAUGGACGGACGGAGGGAGGGUCGGACGGGGGGGGCUCGCCAGCUCAAACGUGACGCGGGCCCGUGCCAAACGGCUCAUGGACGGCCGGGCCGAGCCGGGCUCGGUGUGGCUAGGGGGUCCCAUAGAAGAGGUCCUCGCCUGGACGGAGGAGCUAGUGUCACCUGCGGCAUCCGUGCUGCUACACUGUCCCCGCCCCCUUUUUUUUUUUUUUUUUUUUUUCUCUUUCCCCUCCCCUCCCCUCCCC